AUGUCGACAAUGAAAGAUUUCUUUUUGCGGCCUACAUUCGAUUCGGCUGAAGAGGCUCAACAAUGGGAUAAGUUGCAGAAAACUAUCAACCACGCCAAACAGUUUAACGUCGAUUUCGACCAUGUUGUUAUGCACAAGGAUCUGUACGGGACCUUCGUCUAUUAUUAUUUGCAAGAAAUUCGUUAUCGGAUCAUUCAGAUCUUAGCUGAUUUUACUGUAAUCGAAUGGCGAGAACCGGAGCCGGAAAAGAAGAUCGAUCCAUGGGGAGGAUUCGGUCAGCCGCAGCCCAAACAAGAGCCGAAGGAAGAAAAAGAACUGGUGAUUCCCGAGUACGGCAUCCGAGUGAAGGGCUACAAAGAGAAGCUACCGCUCGAAUGCUGCGGCCAGCAGUUUAAAACGUUGACAAUGCUUCGAACACAUUACCAUGCCGAACACGAGAAGCACUAUCUCUUCGAGGCAAACACGUGUGAGAUGAAGGCAGCAAUUCUAAAAAUGUGUGUCUUUCGGCAUGAACUAGACGAAUUUGUGCGCAGUGGAAUUAAAGCAAAUGGCACACUCAGUUUCUUUUUACUGAAAAUCCUACGGAAAAUUAUUCCUAUUAUUCGAUAUUAA